GUCCUCCCUAGAAGCUAGCACCCACCAAAUUUUCACCUCACGCCGCCGCAGCCAGUCUUCAUCCCGAAUCACGACAUUAGUUGGGCGUUUUCAUCAAUUGGAGGCGAUCAAAUUAUUGAGUGCAUCAAUCGCUACAUUUUCAUGUACUUUUGACGAAUUAUUGGGUGUGGUUUGUGCCCAAAUCCCACUACCUAGAUUUUGUUGUGGUGGCCGUCGGGUCUCUUCUUCCCUUGAUGAGGUUGAGGUUACCCGCCUAGAUGGCCGCGAGUCGCAGCCGCGCUACGAGGCCAAAGAAACUCAACGCGAAGCAAAAUGUCCAGAUAUUUCGUGAAGAUCAAGUCGAUUCUCUCAUCGACUAUGAUUCCCAACGUGCUGCAAUAGAAACCGGCGUCGAAAAGGCCGAAGAAGCAGUACGUGUUUGCCAUCUCUUCUCUCUCCCACCCACCUGUUGAUUUUGUCACUCUGUUCACUUCACGUUGCCUGCUUAGUCAUCCCCACUCACUCACUCAUUCACUCUCACCCACAACUUGUUGACACUGACACCGCCACGAUAUAGGAAUACCACUUGCAGCAAGCCAUCAAAGCAUCAGAGGCUGCAAAAGCAGAUGCAAAAAUCAAAGACGCAUACAUCCCCACUCCACCUACCAUUGCCAGUGAUCUCCAGUAUGAUGUCCUCUACCCAAAAGGGUUUCAACAGCCCGCCACGUACAUCCGUUCCUCUGCAACAGUCGAAGACUAUUCGGGAGUGGCAUAUUGCAUGGACGAGGAGGAUGAGCUCGCCUUGAAAUUGAUCAACGGAAAACUGCCCUCUGGCCAGGAACCUUGUACUGAAGACCAAUUCGAAGAGGUCAUGAACUUUUUCGAAGAGACCGCUCAGGCGAAACAACCGUAUGCCGCCGUCGAUAGUCCUCCCGUCUUACCUCUAGAAGAACUGCAAGAACAGUUCGACGAAACCACUCCCCCAUUUGUUCGCACGUUUUCCAAAUAUGUGUACGAACAUUGGCGGGCGCGGCGGGAAGCCAAGGGUAAUCGUGGCCUCGCUCCUCGACUGAAAUUCGAGACUGGUCAAGAAUCCGACGACUCAGAUCCAUAUGUAUGUUUCCGAAGACGAGAAUUGCGACAAAUCCGCAAAACCAGAAAUCGUGAUGCUCAAAGCGCCGAGAAGUUGCGGAAACUCCGCAUGGAGCUUGAAACUGCCAGAGGCAUGUUGCUGAUGGUCAAGCGGAGAGAAAUGCUCCGCAAAGAAUGUCUCGAAUUCGACCGACAGGUGUUUGAACAACGCCAGGCACUGAGAGAUACAAAGAGAAAAUUGGGCUUGAAGGGCGACGAUGAUCUUCUCAUCAACCAGAAGAAACAGAAAUUACCUCCCGGCAUGACCCCCAAUCAAGCCGCUCUUGCCCAACAACUCCGUAUGCCCAUGGCUCCUGGUCCAGGUCCAGAACUUCGGACACUUGAGGAUGUCAUUGCCGCUCGUGAACGAGAAAUCCAAAAGGAAAUUCAGACGAAUAUUGAAAAACAUAUUCGCUGGAAUGAAGGGUUUGUCGACAAGACCAUGGCACCACUUACUCCUGAAGUGGAAGAUUGUCCCUCACCGGACGGCCACUUUAGAGAAGCCAUGGCCGCCACAGAAUAUCUUCCCACGCCGCCAGCCAGUAUCUCGGAUGAGGAGUCCCAGCAAAAACCGGGUGAAGACAAAGACAUCGUGAUGAAAGAUGUGUCUCGGCCAUCAACGCCUUUCCGAUAUGCUAGUCCAGCUGAUGAAGACUGUGUUGGGCAGAUGCCAUCUUUUCGGCGGAGAGUAGGUCGCGGGGGUCGGCUAAUAAUCGAUCGAAGACUUCCUCGGCAGAGAAGAGAACCUGCAGAAGAUGACAAAUUCAGAUUCGAUUCGGACGAUGACGAUGCUCCAGACAUCGGUGCGGAAGUCGACAUGACAUAUGCUCGCAUAUCACAGCGAGCGUAUCUGCUGGGUUCGAGUUCUUCUCAACCGAUAUCGUCGAGGAGACAACAACUUGAAGCCAGCGGUCCUAGUCAGUCGCCGUCAGGACCUCAAGCACAACCUCAACCCCUACCGACAGCUGCGCCUUCCUGAAUUGUUUGAUCGUUUUGGACCUCUUUUUUCUUCAUCUUGUCAACGAGAGCACAAUUCAAAAACUCUCUUCUCCAAGCUCCUAUCCGGCUUCAGGGCUUGUUGUGUGAUUAACACAGACGUCCUUUUGGGCGUGUAAGAUGGUCGAACCCGUUUGGAAGGGAGAUCAUAGAGUGCUGGCUGCGGAUAGCGCGUAGUCAAUGACACUGUGGGGACUGUACAUAAGUAGCAAGGCCAGCGCCUGAUUGAUUCGCAAUGAAAAACAUUGUGGAACCUCA